GGUGACGUCAUGGGUUUGGCCGUGGAGCAUUGUGGGUCGGGAGGGGCCGCCAUUUUCGGUAGGGCGGAGCGAGUCGCAGAGGCUGGGAGCCGGGAAGGGGGCGCGCGGCGGCGACUCUCAUUGCCCGCAACUGUCAGCGCCGCUCCCGCGGGCGGGGUCUUGCGGCGGCAGCUGUAGUAGCUCCCAGGGCAGCAGGCGGGCGGGGAGGCCGCAGGGGAUCGUGGUGCCGUCCCGCUCCCCCUGACAUCCCCUCCGAUCCCUUCCCGGGGUGAGCGGCCCCGGCCGCCUCGCCAAGCCCUGCGCGCAUCGCCGCAGCCUGCAGCACCCGAGCGAAUGUAUGACAAUAUGUCCACAAUGGUGUAUCUAAAGGAAGAGAAGUUGGAGAAGCUUACUCAAGAUGAAAUAAUUUCUAAAACUAAGCAGGUGAUUCAGGGACUAGAGGCACUGAAGAAUGAACACAAUUCCAUUUUGCAGAGCUUACUUGAGACAUUGAAAUGUUUGAAGAAAGAUGAUGAAACUAAUCUGGUGGAAGAAAAAUCAAACAUGAUUCGAAAGUCGCUGGAAAUGUUGGAACUUGGACUUAGCGAAGCACAGGUAAUGAUGGCCUUGUCAAAUCACUUAAAUGCAGUGGAAUCAGAGAAGCAGAAAUUGCGUGCUCAGGUUCGCCGGCUAUGCCAGGAGAAUCAGUGGUUGCGUGAUGAACUAGCCAGUACUCAACAGAAAUUACAGAAGAGUGAACAGUCUGUGGCUCAGCUGGAAGAAGAAAAGAAACACUUGGAAUUCAUGAAUCAGUUAAAAAAAUAUGAUGAUGAUAUUUCUCCAUCAGAAGACAAAGACACAGAUUCUACCAAAGAACCUCUGGAUGACCUUUUCCCCAAUGAUGAAGAUGACCCAGGGCAAGGAAUUCAACAGCAGCAUAGCAGUGCUGCAGCAGCUGCUCAACAAGGUGGCUAUGAAAUUCCAGCAAGAUUAAGGACUCUUCAUAAUCUGGUUAUCCAGUAUGCUUCCCAAGGUAGAUAUGAGGUUGCUGUACCCCUGUGUAAACAAGCACUUGAAGAUCUGGAGAAGACUUCAGGUCAUGAUCAUCCGGAUGUUGCCACUAUGCUAAACAUACUUGCUUUGGUGUACAGGGACCAGAACAAAUACAAAGAUGCAGCAAACCUCUUGAAUGAUGCCUUGGCUAUUCGUGAAAAGACUUUGGGCAGAGAUCAUCCAGCGGUGGCAGCUACCCUAAACAAUCUUGCAGUGCUUUAUGGUAAACGAGGAAAGUACAAGGAGGCAGAACCUUUGUGUAAGAGAGCUUUGGAGAUCAGAGAAAAGGUCCUGGGGAAGGAUCACCCAGAUGUUGCCAAACAGUUAAAUAACCUGGCCUUACUGUGUCAGAAUCAGGGUAAAUAUGAAGAGGUGGAGUACUACUAUCAAAGGGCACUUGAGAUCUACCAAACUAAACUAGGACCAGAUGACCCAAAUGUAGCAAAAACAAAGAAUAAUCUGGCAUCCUGCUAUUUGAAACAGGGAAAAUUUAAGCAAGCAGAAACUUUAUACAAAGAGAUUCUUACUCGUGCACAUGAAAGGGAAUUUGGCUCUGUAGAUGAUGAAAAUAAACCCAUCUGGAUGCAUGCUGAGGAGAGAGAAGAAUGCAAAGGAAAGCAAAAAGAUGGCUCGUCCUUUGGAGAGUAUGGUGGUUGGUACAAAGCUUGCAAAGUUGAUAGUCCAACAGUAACAACUACCUUAAAGAACCUUGGAGCACUUUACAAACGUCAAGGCAAGUUUGAAGCUGCUGAAACAUUAGAAGAGGCAGCAAUGAGGUCUCGUAAGCAGGGUCUUGACAAUGUUCACAAACAGAGAGUUGCUGAAGUGCUAAAUGACCCCGAGAGCAUAGAAAAAAGGCGAAGCCGAGAAAGCCUCAAUGUCGAUGUGGUAAAGUACGAAAGUGGCCCUGAUGGAGGCGAGGAAGUGAGUAUGAGCGUAGAAUGGAAUGGGGAUGGCACUGGAUCUUUAAAACGCAGUGGUUCCUUUAGCAAGCUCCGUGCUUCAAUUAGACGCAGCAGUGAGAAGCUGGUUAGAAAGCUGAAGGGAGGAAGUUCACGAGACAGUGAACCAAAGAAUCCUGGCAUGAAGCGUGCCAGUUCUCUGAAUGUUCUUAACAUGGGUGGCAAGGCUACUGAAGAUCACUUUCAAGAACGAAAUAAUUGUCUGACAGACUCAAGAGCUCUGAGUGCCAGUCACACUGAUUUGGCACAUUGAAGUUCUUGGACAGAAACUAGCUAAAAUUUCUUUGUGAAUAAAGAAGCACUGAGACUCUCAAAGCUUUGGUUCCUUAUCAGUCUCUAUAGGAACAUCUAAUUUGUAGACUCUUUUGCAAUGGACUGCUGUUUUUACUUUUCUAAAAUAGUAGUGACAUUUUUAAACAUAGUGUUAAUGGAUAUUUUCUUCUAAAGAGAAAUGAUAUAGAUAUAUAUUGCUCAUUGCACUGCUGUCAUUCAUGCUACGUAUGUUGAUUUCUGUUAACAGAUCUGAAUAUCACAGCAGCUGAAAACUGAAAAAAUAGAAAUGCAUAUAAAACAUACCAAAAUGCAAAGGAGUAUAAAGGGUUCUCUAUAUUGAUAUUUGAAAACAGAUUAAAUGAAAUGUGUAGCAGAAAAUAUAUACAGUGCUUGAAUGAGACAAGUAUCGGUUAUGUGCAUUACUGUAUAAAUUCAAAAUGGGGUAUACUGUAUUGGUGUGACUUUGCCUUGCAUGACUGAGAGUCACAAUUUCAGAUAUCUUGCCUGAAAAGUAGAACUUAAAUUUUGGAUUCCUUAACCAGUAGAUCUAGAAAAUAAAUUUUAUAAUGGAAACACUUAGACUACCUUAACUAUAGGUGGCAUGCUUAUCAAUACCUGUAACUAUGAAAUUUCCUAUCUUAUUUAUUGAUGUAGGUCUUAAGGCCCAGUAAUCAGUGGUGAUCGUACAGUUCAUUUUGAUCAGGGGGAAAUGGCAAACGUUUUGGCCUGUAUUUUUUUUUUUACAGUAGAUGCAUAUUGAAGCUGUGGGGUGCAACUGUCCCAGAGCAGCAGCUGCUGCUUUAAUGCAAAAUAUUAUGCCUCAGGUUGCUGACACUUUUCUGCCUGUCCACUGAAGUUCUUAUCCCUUAGUUCUCUUUAGGCUAAAACUACUCCAUUGUUUCUUCAUGCUUGUUUCAACUCUUGCCUCUCUCCAUAUUAGUUGAUGGCAACAGGAGCAAAUGAAGCAGGUGACUGCAUGCUAGGCUGUUAUACUGUGGAAUAGCUGCUGUGCAGAGGACCUACUUGUGAAACUCUCCACUUAAGUUUAAUAUGUUUAGGGCCCCAUCAGAAGCACUAGAUGCCCUUAUUUGGCAGACAGGUCACAUUUUUGAUCAGCCAUCCUUUUUUAAUCUAUAUACAAUUAAUAGAUAUGCUGUCUGUAUUCAGGCCUGCUGCUGAGACUAAGUAUGUAAAGUUUAAGUAUCUUGUGAACACUAACAUUUUCAGUUUGUUUUUUCUGUAAAAUAUGUGAUUUUUAAAACACCACACUUCGAAUUUUGCAGACAGGUGAAAACUGUUAUUUACAUGCAAGUGGAAGGAGAAAGUAAAAAUGUGCAUGUGUUUGUGAAUAUAGAGAAGUAACUGAAAUAUACAGAACAAAAAGAUAACUAUGGGACAAGCUGGAAUACUAAUCCAAGACUAACACACAUUGAGGUAAGACAGAGGAAGGUAAACAAUAAGUUUUGGUAUUUGAUCAGGCUGUGAAGAACUCACUAGACCGAAUACUUUUAUAACUGCUUGACCAACUUGCAUCUGGUUUUAAAGCUUAUUUUAAUGACUGAUGCAACAAGUUAUAUGUGUAAUGCACUUAUGUUUACUAUGAGGUACUUCAUUAGCAUCUCUGUAAAGAAGAAAAUUGUAUAUAUGGUAUACUUGCCAUAAAAACAGUCCAGAAAUGGAAACAAGAUGCUGCUAAUGUGUAGUGGUUUUAGUGCAGACUAGUGCAAUUCAUUGAUGAACUUGAGAACAAAUUGUUGCUCAGUUAUUUUAUAGAUGUAGACAUAAUGUGGGCUCGAAUUUUAAUUUUUUUUUAGAGAUCUUAUAUUAUUUUAGUAAAACAUCACAUAUAUGUUUGGUGGAUUCAUAGUUCUCUGCACAAAGUUUGAAGUAAACUAGCUUUGCCCGUGGAACUAAACAGCAGUUGCUGGGUGGGUAAGAAGAUGGUAUCCAUUGCUAACUGGUGGGCAGGCCACAGGGCUACCACAACUGCUUUGUGUCAGCUGUCCCUUUUGCAAUGACUACGAAGGAUUUCUAGUGCAAAGGCCUGCCCUACAAGUUAGCCUUUGCUGGUAUAGGAGGAGAUAUCACAGUAAUAGUGGCCCAGAGGACUUUUUACAGGCCCUUUACAUCCAAGGUGACUUUCACCAAUGUGAAGAGCACCUAUAAAGGUCUGACUUUGUAGAAAGGUAGCUAUUCUAACCCAAAGAUGACUUUGAGAUUAGAUAUUUGGUGCAAUCUAAGAACUUGUUUCCAAGCCUUUAUCUUUCAAAUUUGAAUUAAUGUUUUUGCAGCCUCUCAAAGAACUGGAACUUGUUGUGUAAAUAGAAAUCUGUUUAAAUAUUUAAAACUUAAUUCAGACCUGCUUAACUAUACAUUUUAUUAAAUGGUCUUUAAAAUUCAAGACUAGAGUAUGUCAGACGCUGGUGUUAGUGGAAUCUCAACUUUAGGUUUUUAAAUAGCUCAAUAAAAUAUUGUAGGUGGUACUAUUAGUACUGUGCUUACAGAUGUGACUUGCGUGCUUUAUGUUAUUUAAAGGAAUCCUGUCAAGGAAUGAUAAGGUUAAAAUGUUGACCUACUUUUCUAUCCCACACCGCCUUCCCAUACAAAACCACUCUUUUAACAACUUGCAAAAUCUAUGUACUUUUUCUGUGGAUUUUGGUAUCAAACUUCCUUCUGUUUAAAUGAUCCAAAAAAUUACUUUGCCAGUGUAUGUAUCUGUUUGUUUUUAAGUGGACUUCUGAGUUUACUUUUAAAUAAUCGUUGACACUUCCUUUUUAAUUUUUUUGCUAGACUCUGUCAUGUUGUGCACCAGUUGCUAUCAGGACUGUCACUAUUUGUUUUUGAUUGAAGAUCUAAUUAAAUAUUAUGGUAAAAUUUAGCAGUGAUUCAUAAGCUCCCUUUGUAGAUGGGUGACUGAACUAGCAGUUUACUGUUUGUAAACAAUGUCCCCAGUGGUAGCAAGGUAUUUAAAACAAACUAUGGAUGAACUACGUUUGACAUUUAUUUUCAUGCUCUUGUAUUUUGUUAAGGAUGAGUGGUAAUAAUUCAAAAAGGUUUAAGCUUGAAGUAUCCGUGGUUCAUCUGUACAGUUAAAGGAUUCCAUUGACUUAGAAAACAAAAGAGAAAACCAAGCAUGGUUGUGUUAUGUAUGUACCGUUAAAAUGGGGUGUGCAUGCAGUGCUUCAUCUAAUGUAUGUUUACAAUAUUUGAUAGGUUCAAGUGUACAAUUUAGUUUUUGUCAAGUUAGGUCACUUACUUUGUCUGAAAGCUGCUAAGUGUAUGUAUUGCAUUUUAGUAAUCAAAGUGUCUGCCUAUAUCAAAAGAAUAAAUAUUGGAAGGAAAGCA